ACCCGACAAUUGCUGUUAUCUAAAAGAUAAUACAAUUGUUGUUAUUAAACACAUUUGCUAUAACGGAGAUACUGCCGUCAUAAUUGCAAGAAAGUUUUUAACGAAAAAUUCAUUAUCUUUGUACCCAUGUUUAUCGGAAAAUAUGGAUAUGUAUAUUGUAAACAAUUUAUCCCAGUUAAUGAUAUGGGAAGUUACCGAAAUUUCGAAUAAAGCUGUUCAACUUCCAUUCGGGGAAGACUCAUGGUGCUGUAUGCCAUUGUUACAUUCAUUGUAGCAUUAAAUUAGAAAUUAUUACUACCUCUAUACUUCCUGAUAGCGCGCUAAUGAGAAAGAAUGGAGUAUUAUGUUUUAUUGUAUGAUAUGUACUGCAUAUCUGUGCCAUCGUCAUGGAUCAAUUUCGAUCAAAGUACUUUCAAGAUACCCAAAAAGCAUACAGAAGUAUCUAAAGCGUGUCAUAAACAGCUUACUCCGUUAGACAAUUGGCACGAACUGUCAUUCAAGAAAAAGUUUGGACCGUUUGAUACUUACAGUAAUGCACGAGCAGUCGAAAAAACUGUGAGCGAAUUGUCAACAUCAAAUGAUGAAAACAUAUUUGUGUCGACAACCGUUGACAAAGAAAAAAGAUUGAUUAGAAAACGAAAGUUUUAUGGCGACACAUCAACGGAUGAAGAUGAGCAAGGAAGGAAAAGAGAAAAGAAUAAGGGAAAUAUAAACGCGCCUUCUAAUUACGUUCCGCAAAAAAAAGAGAAGCAUAUAUCUUAUAGUCAACCAAUUGAAAAGUCUGUUUCUUCUAUUGAGCCAGAAUACGGAUCAGAGAAAAUGAGAAAACAUGCCUCUAUUUUGUAUGAUAAAUGCAACAAUUCCUUGGAUGAUCUGGAGAAAGAUAGUGAAUUAUCGCAUUCAUCGCACGAACACUUUGAUGAAGAAGAUGUACCAGAAAAUACAGACGAAAUGAAGAAUACAGAUACACAUAAAAAUUAUAUGAAGUCCCAAGAAAUUAGGAAAGACAGAAAAGAAGGACCGCUACAAGAAAUACAAUUAAGUAUCCCUGAAAAACCGAACAAUACAGGAAUAAAGUUCUAUGAAGCAAAAAAGAAGACGCAACAAGAAGAUUCAAUAGGUAGGCCGCGAGUAAUAUCAAAUAUUCCGAUUAAUGUACGAAUUCAAAAUCCAGUUCAUAAUGGUAUAAAUGAAGACCAUACAUCUUGCUGUGAUGCAUGCCGACUAAAAUUUUUACAAGUAAAUGCAAAAAUAAAGCAUAAGCUCAACCGCAUCAUUAAUCUGCUGGAAAAUAAAGGAGGUGAUAAAGCCGAUCCAGUCGAACAAAAUAACAAUAACUUGUUACCAGAUUUUCCUCUUACUACAAUACAGGAAUUGAAUAAUUUCAACGAGCAAUUGAUGCAGAAUGACGUUCAACGACAAUUCGUAAAAAAAAUGUCAAAGAUUGGCGGAGAUACUGUCAGUAAGACAGUGCGAAAUGUCAUGUCUCAAACAAUUACAGAUGAAUUGGCCCAAAUUUAUACGUGGACAGGUCAAAAAAAUAGAUUAGCAUUAAAGAAAACUAAAAUUUCAGACGUUAUUAUCGAAGCAAUUAUGAUUUCAAUAAAUACGACAAUGGCCGAAGUGGAAGGAUAUAUGAAAGAAUGGGUGCGACGAGCCAGCGAUAGAAUUAGAUCGCUCUCAAAAAAAUAAAUUUUAUUAAUUAAUAAUAGAUGCGUCAUUCUACUCGUAAUAACGAGGACAAAUUGUUCAUGUUCUCUCGCUCUACAAGGUGAUUGAGAGAUAAAAUAUAUAAUAAUAUAUACAAGAUAAAA